AUGGGGAAGAAGCAGGUGGCAGCUUCAGAGGCAGAAGGUUUUCCAGCUGGAAUGCAACCCUAUGAAUGUACCCCAGCCCCAGAACCCAAGAACAUAGCACAAUCCUUCAGUUCUAAGAGAGCAACCAUCGGAAGUUCAGUGAUACUGCACUGCAGAGUGACAAAUGAAGAACCACCUGGGCCAGUGAAGUGGUUAAAGGGCAGCAUUGAUGGGCAGCUCAUCUACAGUGACAAAAAUCCCUCAUCCCGUGGGAAAAAGGUGAAGAACACAAAUAACAUCCUGGACAUCCACAUAAGCAACAUUACUAAGCAGGAUGCGGGAGUCUACUUAUGUGUCAAGUUCAGAAAAGGGAUCCUGGAUGAGGUGCAUACCAUUGUGAGUAACACCACACUCUAUAUAGUAGACAGCCAAAGUUCAUCAGGCAUCAUCGUAGCUGCCAUAGCCGGAUGCGUGUGUCUCAGCCUUGUCUUCUUAUCCCUCUUCUGCUACUUCAAAAGACAAACAGGUCACAGCCCAUGUUCGGCCCGGUUUGUAUGUUCCAGAUCAGAAGCCUCAAAGACCAACCAAUCCCAGAAAGAGCCAACAGGGAACAAAGAGAUUGUAUAUGCUGAUCUCCAACCCAUUGAGAAAAGUCGUCAAUCUAUGAGCCCAGCCAGAGUGAAGGGUUUCCAUUCUGAGUAUGCCACUAUUCAGGUCCAAUAGUCUGGACCCAACAGAAGAAGCUCCAAGGAGGAUGGAACGAUCAAUUUAUUUCCAAGGAAUGCUGAAGAUUUUACAGUUCCAGUAAGAAAGAGGGAAGCUGAAGAUUAUUUCAAGAACCUGAAAACAAAUUCAUGGGGAUCAAUGAUCAGUAGAACAUUCAGUGGAAUUUUAGAAUCUGGGUCUGAGUUCCAGAUCUUCCAUUUACUAGGCUGUAUGGCAUCAGGCAGAUCACUUCCCUUCUCGGAUCUCAAUUCUCUCAUCUGAAAAUGGGGAUAACGACCCCUUAGCUUCUUACUUCACAAAGGUCAAAUGGGAUAAUAGAAGUAGAGUCCUUUGUAACUAUAAAACCUCUAUAUCAUGUCAGCUAUUAUUAUUGACCUUCUGAGGGGAAAAAAAAGAUGUGUUAAUGCUAACUUGGAAGCAACUCUUCAGCUUCCAUCACGUGUUGAAUCUCUAAUUCAGUUGGGGUGCCAGGUCUCUGCAGAUCUUUUCUUUUCUUUUUAAAAC